UUUUACACUUUUAAGUGUAUCAUGUCAUACUUCUUCUCCGACUGAUUGGUGGGAAGAUGCAUCAAUGUAUCAAAUCUAUCCAAGAUCAUGGAAGGACAGUGAUGGAAAUGGAAUUGGAGAUUUAAAAGGAAUCACUGAGAAACUUGGUUAUCUGAAAGAAAUUGGCAUGACUGCUACAUGGCUUUCACCCAUUUUUGAAUCCCCAAUGGCCGAUAAUGGUUAUGAUAUUUCAAACUUUACCAAUAUUGAUCCAAUUUUCGGUACCUUGGAAGAGUUUGAUGCUCUAGUAAAGAAAGCAAAGAGCUUAGGUCUUAAAUUAAUUUUGGACUUUGUACCAAAUCAUUCAAGUGAUGAAUGUGAAUGGUUUCAAAAGUCGGUAAAUCGGGAAGAUGGUUAUGAGGAUCUUUAUGUUUGGGCUGAUGGCAAAGAUGAUCCCCAAAAUCCUGGAAAAAAACUUCCUCCAUCAAAUUGGGUCGGUAUUUUUGGAGGAUCGAUGUGGGAAUGGAACGAAAAACGUCAGCAAUUCUAUUUGCAUCAGUUCUUGAAAGAACAACCUGAUUUCAAUUUUAGAAAUCCAAAAGUUCACACUCUUAUGUUGGAGGUCUUGAAAUUCUGGUUAGAUCGUGGUGUUGAUGGUUUCCGAAUUGAUGCUGUUCCUCAUAUGUAUGAAAAGGUUUUCGAAAAUGGAACUUUUCCCGAUGAGCCUGUUAGUGGAUUUACCAAUGACACAAGUAGCCAAUACUAUUUGAGACAUGACUACACUCAAGAACAGUAUGAAACUGUUGAGCUUUUGUAUGAAUGGAGAGAAUAUUUGGAAACAUACAAGAAAGAGCAUGGUGGAGAUACCAGAAUAUUGUUAGCUGAGGCUUAUGUUGGACUAAAAUCGAUUGGACAAUAUUUUGGCAAUGGCACACACUUUGGCGCUCAUUUACCUUUUAAUUUUAAUUUUUACUCAAUUUUUGAAAACAAAAACUUAAAUGCCAAACAUUUUGAAAGCUCGGUGAGUCUAUGGAUGGAUGAUAUAUGGAAGAAGCACAAAAUGGCUAAUUGGGUGGUUGGUAAUCAUGAUUUGGUAAGAGUUGUUAAUCGUGUUGGUGAAGAAAAGAAGGAUUUGAUAAAUGUGUUGGUUGCUGCACUUCCUGGAGUUACAGUUACUUAUUACGGCGAAGAAAUUGGAAUGAAAAAUAUCAAGUACGAUUGUGGUGAUUGUCUGUUAGGGGAGGCACGAAAUUUCGGUAGGUCACCAUUCCAAUGGAACGAUGGAGUAUCAGCUGGAUUUUCCACAUCCAACAAAACUUGGUUACCAGUAGCUGAUAAUUAUAAAACAGUCAAUGUUAAGACUCAGCGUGGAGUUGCUAGAAGUACUUUGAAUGUUUUUAAAUUAUCUCAGAAGCUCAAACAUACUGCAGCGUUUAAGGCUUUUAAGGAUAACAAUGGAUUUAGCUAUGGAGCUGUUAAUGAUAAUGUUUUUCAAAUAAUUCGUGGUAAUUCAAGUGAAGAAUAUCGAAUUUUAGCAAAUUUUGGAAACAAAACUGAGAGAAUCGGUCCAUUGCUUGGCUGCCAUAAAGAUAAACAAAAUAAAUAUGAAUACACUUUGGUGACAAAUUAUUCUCCUCAUCACAUUGGUGAAAGAAUCAAGCUUGGAAGAGUUUCAUUGAAUCCAUUCGAAACAGUUGUUCUAAAGAAAAUAUUGAAAAACUCAUGUAACUCAUUGAUUAUGUAUUAG